CAGUAAAAUUCGAGGUAGAAGAAGUGAGCGCGAAGAAGAAAGGGAGCCGGCUGAGAGCGCGAAGAGAAGGGAGCAACCCCCCAAGGGUUUGUUCACGAAGCUGCUCUAGGCAUGAGGACAUAGAAAAGGAAGGCUGUUUUGGCUGCCCCAGGAGCUAGAACGCCGGCGUCAAGCAUGUGGCACAACGGGCGCCUCGAGUGGCGCAUGCUCAUCUCCACUCCCAUCCCAGACUUCCCCACCCGGGCGUCCUCCUACAGCGUAUGGCGAGAGUGGUAUCCUUCCCAGCGCUGCCCGUCUGUGUGCAGAGACUACUUCAAGGACGGCGGGUGCCUUGACGAGGAUGCCUCUUUCGAGAAGAGGGAGGAGGAGGCAAAGCGGAGGAUCGACGAGCUGAUAGCGAAACAUGAAGCCAUUGGCAACUGCGAAAUGUGUAAACCGUACGAGGGGUACGUGGUGGCCGAAACGACGGCCUGGCUCGAGAGGAUGUACGCGCUCAUCGCGCACAUCGACGCAAUGCCGAUGGCCGGGCUAACGCACUUCACGAGCGGUUGUCACAAGAUCGACGGUGUCAUCCCCCCCUUGCACAGGCUGUGCCGGACCAAUCCCCCCGUCUGGUACCCGAUCUCGGUAGAGGUGCUGGUGAACCAUAAGUUAUUGCACGCGGUCACCGCGCAGCACAAGUGGUUCCGCAGGGGGCGGCGCUGGGAGUCGGUGCGCGCGGUGAACAGCAUCACAGAGGCUAUGGGCGAGAUGGAGAUAGCUUAUCCAGAAAUGCGAGACGAGGUGGUCAAGGUGGUGGCGAAGAAGAUCAAGGCGUUCGCGCAUGCCCCGCAGGGGGAGCGGCUCAAAGAGUCGCUGCAGCAGCUGCUGAGGUGCGCUGCGAGGGCGCAUGAGAUCAAGGGUCAAGUGAUGGAUGCCUUCGUUGAGGGGAUGGUGAUGGCUAGCAAGGAGCGCCUUCAAGCGGACAAGAAGAAGGAGAAAGCGGACCGUGACGCUAAAGCCGCCCAGCUCUUUACCAUCCGGCGCGCCUCUGCGGGGUCGGUGGAGAUGCGGAUCGUCUCCUGGGUGGUCAACGCCAAGAAGUUUGCGAACAUGUGGUGCGAGACUGAGGCGCGCCAGAAUAGCGACUUCUCGGCCCAGCUGGCGCGCUCGAUAGCGGAGAGGCUGGCAGUUGACCCAGAGCUCUGGCAGCUGGCAAACAAAACCUUCGUCCAUAUUCCCAGCGUAGCUUCCGCCCUCUGGGACCUCCUGCCAGACCACCCCGCAUACUACAGGCGCGGGGGAAAUGAGUCCAUCUCGUGGGUCGUCCGCAGGCGUGCGGACGCUGCGCCUGAUGAUACUAACCCCUUCGAGCUGGUUAGCGUUAACUCAAUUGCGGGUGCUGCCGCGAUAUCCACCGGCGUGGGUGGCAGAGUCGGUGAAAACCGGGGGGUUCGUGCCGGAGAAGGGACUGUAAACAAGCGGUCGAAACGGGGGGAUGCGAAAGCUUUGGGAGGUGGGAGGGGGCCCGCAGUUGGUGCGGAAUCGGAGGGUGCUGAACGCACAAAAGCGGAGGAAGUGUCGGUAAUUGUGACACGGCGGAACGUCGGCUGGUGGUUGACCGAAGGGGAGGAGUGGUCGGAAGGGGGUUCGGGCGAGAGUCCGGGGGGGACGUCGAACGGGGCGUCUUCAGACGAGGACUCGGAUGGGUUAGCGGGCGGGUUAGCGGGCGAGGCUUCGGACGGAGACUCGGACGAGGAGUCCGAUGACGACGUGGACGAGGACGCGGCAGAAGCGUUCGGCGCUUUCGACGAGGGCUGCCAGAGCCUGAACGGGUUUAUGCGAGAGAAAGAAGACCCGUCUGUGGGCUGUUCGGCUGAUGGGGAAAAAGGCACAAACGAUCAAGGGAGUGCGGAAGCUAGGCCUUGCAGUGAAGGGAAGGAACUAGAAAGGGGAGAAGGGGAAGGGCCGAUGUGGGGCACUGAUUUUCCGGAUGUGGGCUUCGACGGGACGGGGCAGCAAUUCUUACGGGAGCAGGCGCCGGGACGAGAGGACAGUUUGAACGGAGAGGUGGAGUGGCGGAGCGACUGGGAGAGCGUCGGAGAGCCGUCGUUUGGGUGGGAGUUUGGCCCGCGGGGGAGCGAGAGAAUCGGAGAUCCACCGGAACAGAAUGCGCGGUGUGUGAAUAAGGGGGGCGGAAAGAAAGGAGGGCAGCAGGGGAAGGGCUCGGAACUCGCGAGUGACCUGCGAAGCGAGAGUGAAGAUGAUAGCAGCAUGGAUUGGUUGGGAACCAGCCCCGUACGCAAGUUUAAGUUGCAGAGCACGGGGUUAGGUCUGUUAGAGGGGGAUGCGGAAGGGGGGGACAAGGAGGAAGUGGGCAGUAAGAGGUUACGAGGGGGUUUACGCGAUGAGGAGAGUCGCGAGGAAAAGCGGCGGCGGCUUAUGGAGGAGCUCGCGGGCUUUGAAGACCCGGACAUCGACCCCGAGGAUCUGGCGGGCCUGAAGGCAGCGUUUGUCGAGUCGGUGCUCGCGGAGAAACCCGCGGAGGCGCGGAAGACCGCCGUUAGAACGGCGCCGACUGAGAAAAACACGACGGCCGAAAAGGACGCGAAAGAAGCGGAAACGCCGGCACCCCCGAAGCGGAAGAGGGCGGACAAGCCGCUCAAGUUCGGCGUGAAACGGCCCAACCUCAAGAAGCGGAAGGGGGAUCCCCCGGAGCCCGUGACCGGGUGGGGGGGCAUCGACGACAAUUUGCUGUUCACGAUCGUCACCCGGACGGAUCCGAGAACGACCGCGGUUGCCGCGGCGGUGUGCAAGGGGUGGAAGGAGGUGUGCCUGUCAGACGAGCUGUGGGCGCACCACUACCGGCAGCGGUAUGGGGCGCUCCCGAAGGAGCAGCCGCUGAAGAAGGGCGGGCAGAGCAAGCUGCCGUGGUACAAGGCGCUCGUGCAGCGCACCCAGGCCCCCAAGAGCGCCGUCAUCUGCCCCGACUGCGGCCGCCCGUGCGCCAAGCGCGCCGAGCUGGCGCGCCACCUGAAGCUCGCGCACACGGGGGGGCUGCAGUGCGAACUCUGCUCGGAAACCACGCGGUUCCGCAGCGCCAAGGGCCUGGAGUGGCACAUGCGCGAGAAGCACCCGGAGGCGGGGGGGGAGAAGCCGCCCCCCCGGCAGGAAAUGCAGUGCGGGCUGUGCCACGCGCGGUGCAAGAGCCAGGAGACGCUUGACAAGCACGUCAAGCUCAUGCACACGGAACGGAAGAAGCUGGAGUUCGUGUGCGGGACCCCCGGGUGCUCCUUCGCUUCGCGCUCUCAGUAUGCGCUCAAGCGCCACUGCACCAACACGCAACACGCGUUCCCUCCCCCCCACCUUGGGUGCCCCCGCGCUGGCUGCGACUACAGAGCGUACUCGCAGGCGGAGAUCCGGAAGCACGCCUACUCGCAUCCCUCGCAGUGCGCUGAGUGCGGCGAGCAAUAUCCUGCCGGGUAUACACGUUGGGGCCCGCACCCAGAGAUGCCGGAGAUUGGCAUUUGCGACGCAUGCCGGUGCAAGGCUUAUCGGAGUGCCAACACCACCAGGCCACGUAUGCGGGCACCCUCGUUGGAGAACGAGGACUCCGCUUAGACGACCUGGUCGGAACACCCGCUGUCCUAGGAUAAGUUCUGGUUAUUUUUGCUUACCAUGCAGUAAGCAGUGCGCUAGAAUCGCUACUGGUUUGAAGGGUCUCCAUCUUUUAUGAGAAAGACAUUCACCAGAUUGGCAGAGAACAGGCCAGUCUGAUUGAUGAUGAGGCCUGAAGUCGUCCGGCGUGAAAGGUCGUGAGUCCUGUGGUACAAAGAUCCGAGUCGUUGGUUGUCAAGGCGGCAUGUUUUUGGCAGCAACCCUUUCAAUGACAUACCCUA